AUGGAGCUUACAGACAGCCACACGAACCCAGCCUACGAGACGCACGGAGAUAACCAGCCAGACGAAACGAAUUUCCAUCGCCACGCAUCGGGCGCAGAACAAAACAAUGAUGAUAAUAAAAAUGAUCUUCAAAGAGUUUCCGGAGAGAACGAGAACAAAAAAGUAGUGUUCAUAGGCAGCGGUGACAUGACUCUGGCGCUGUCUGUUGCCAUGAGCCGCGCUUGUCUUCAGCCUGUGGUCGGGAGCAGGCAGCCAGACAGGGCGAAAGUUCGGCUGAAGGAAGUUGCGAUAGUGACAACAGUGAGCGAGGCACUCUCUCAAGGCGAGAUAGUGAUCCUGGCCAUCCCGGCUGAUCACCAUCACUCUCUGCCUCGCCAAGAACUCAGAAAUAAAAUCGUGGUGGAUAUCAGUAACAGAGCACCAGGUUCCUCCUCCAAGAAGGACCUCAGUCUUGGCGAAAGACUUCAGGAGAUCCUUCCGGAGAGCCACGUAGUCAAGGCUUUCAACACCAUCUCGGCCUACGCCCUUCAGCACGGCAAUAUACAAGGCAGCCGGGAGGUCCCCAUCUGCGGCAACGACUCGAGGGCGCGAGCGAAGGUAUCUGAGUUGACGAGGGACUUGGGACUCACGCCCGUAGACCGAGGCGCCCUCAGGAACGCCCGCGAGGUAGAGGACAUCCCCCUCGCCUUCUUCCCGGAGUGGAAAGUCGCUGGGAUCAUGACACUUCUGUUGUUCGUCUUCUGGUACAUCUUUAUGCUGUUCAGAAACCAGAUCUGCCCCAACAUCGACAGCGGAACAGAGUGGAAUUGGGAAGUAUUCCAGAUAUUCCCACUCAUGAACACUCAGUAUGCGAUGGCCUACACCGCUACCUGCCUCCUUCUGUUUACUUACAUACCAGGUACUAUAGCGGCCUACCUACAGCUGUACCGAGGCACCAAGUAUUCUUAUUUCCCAAAUUGGCUCGAUAAAUGGCUCAAGUCACGCAAACAGACGGGUCUCCUCGCCCUCCUCAUCGGCACAACGCACGGUUGCAGCGCCAUUUUCACUCAGAUUGCAUGGUCGGUUCGUGAGGAGUGGGACCAUCAGCUGCACUUCAUGUUUGAUCUUGUACAGUCAAUACCUGGGCAAAGGAAUGUGAGGAGCAAGCUGUUGCCCACGCAGCAUGCUUCCUCUCUCCACGCAGCUGAUGAUGACGACAUAAACCUAUACGAUUUGGCACCAGUGGUGCCGCAGGAGUUGCCAGAACAAGGUCGCAAGAACAAUGAACUGCCUCAGGGUUGA